AUGUCGUCGACUUUUUCGCCCGCCUUUACAGGCGAUCGUACACCAAAACCGAGGACCAAGACACGCACUGCUGCGCCGAAACGAGUAUACGGAAAGCGAAGAGCGGAUGCCCCACGAGCUGUGUUCGAACAGAGAAGCCCGGCAAAACUGGUAGAGGAGACAACUUCGAAGGUCGUUGAGGAAGCCGUGGAUCGCAUCCAAGUUCAGCUAGCUGAGGUUAAAUUAAGCGAAGCGACCCCAUCUCAGAAAAACGAAGACAAAACCGACGACCCAAUUAUCCCCGUUCAGCAAAAAGGCCGUACUCAAUCUGCAUCGCCAGUGAAUACACCCGAGGUCGUGUCAACUAAAUUGCAAGAUGACGAAGAGCCUACCGGGGAGAGCCCUCCGGACAGUGUUCCUAGACCACGGAAGAAAUACGAGACGAUGGUGGAAGUCAGAAUCUGCUCGAGAACCGUAGCGCCAAAACCCCAAGAAGAACACGAGAAACAAGAGCAACAUGGGGAUCAAAAAGGACAAGAAGAGAAUAAAUGCAGCGCAGAAAGUGAGAGGCAGGGCGAGACACGAGCAAGGAGGAACAAAGUCCAGCCUCGUUUGUCAUCUGGGUGUGUGAUGGAUGAUAAAGUGAAUGCAUACGUUCGUCGCAUCUUGAACGAGGCCUUAUCGCCGGUUGCGGCACAGGGCGUCCAAAAAUUUAGCUCCUGGGCUGCUCGUGCCGGAAAUUUGCUGGAGGUAGUGAAGAUUGCAGAAGGUUCGUACGGAGAGGUUUAUAAGCUCCGUCUGCGCGAAGAGAUGUGCAAGAAGGAAAUGUCUAGAUCCAAGCUUGCUCGCCUAAAAGCAUACGGUGACAAUGUGUUCAAAGUUGUACCUUUACGCGCUCAGAGUGGACCUGGCUCGAAAAAGUUUACCAGCAUCGAAGAAAUCGUGUCUGAAGUCAAGAUGCUCAAAUAUUUGGACCCAAUCCCCGGAUUUGCUCGCUUUCGAGAGAUCCAUGUGGUCCAAGGUCGAUUCCCAGAGUCCUUCCAGAAUGCUUGGGACCACUACAAGAAGACCAAAGAUGACUGUUUGAAUCCUAAUCCGUCCAGUAAGAGAGCGUACCCUGAUUCACAGUUGUGGGCUAUCGUGGAAAUGGACGAUGCUGGCUGUGAGCUUGAAAAGUUUGCUUGGUCAUCGACUUUCCAGAUUUACGAUAUCUUUUGGGGAGUCGCAAUGGCUCUCGCCCGUGCCGAAGAGUAUGCGCAAUUUGAGCAUCGAGAUCUCCAUCUUGGAAAUGUGUGUAUUAGAAGCACUCGGCUAGAUGGCUGUAUGAACCCUCCGACAGACCUCGAAGUUAUGAGUCAAUCAUACUCCAGCGGAUUUGGCUUGAGCACCCUAGAGACUACGAUUAUUGACUAUUCACUUUCUCGCGCGGAGCUGCGCGUUGAGGAGUCAGGAGAGGUUGUCGAAGUAGCAUCGUCGGAUCUCGAUAAGAAACAGAUCUUCGAUGCUAUUGGGCGGGAUGAGGAUGAAGCCAUGCUGAGAGAUACUUACAGAUAUAUGCGUGCUCAGCUCUACAACGGAAACCCUCUCGAAACAGAGAAGACGCCCGAUGUUCCCGGCAUCUGGGCCGAUUAUGCGCCACGUACUAACCUCGUCUGGCUUCUCUUUCUGCUUAAGACUUUGCUCAAGAACAGGAAGCCGGAGGUUUCGCUUCCGGCACCACGACAGCCACUCGCACAGUGCUCGCCUAACAAGGGACUCAAGAAACAAACAGCCAAAUCGGCAAAAAAGGACAAAGUCAAUACAAUUAAGAGCCCAGAAGAUACGCAGAAGCCAGUUUCCGAACUGAAAACAACACUUGAGGAUAGACUACAUGCUGUUCUGGACCUUCUUCAUCUUGAGCACGGACAUGAGGACAUGUGCUGUGCUGCCGACUUGGUAGCCUAUGCGAUUGACUCUCAGUGGCUGGAUGAGAAAGACUUUUUCUGA